AUGAAGGCCUCUCUCACCUCUCUCCUCCUUGCCACCCUGGCCGGCUCUGCCGUUGCUCAAGACAAGAUCAACACGGCCAAGUUCGAUGAGGGCUUCCUUCGUGCUAACUCCGCCCCCAAUGCCAUCGGCAUGGGUGUCCUGCGCCAGCGCAAGACUGCUCUCUUUGAGAAGCAGGCUGCCUCUGGUGUCUUCGACAAGGACCGUUACAAGGUUGCCUCCUCUACAGCUUGUGUUGAUGGAAAGGCCGGGGGUUACUCCUGCAACAAUGUCGAUAUGAAGGGAUUCCUUCGUCACCAGGACAUGGGCAGCCGAACCCGUGUUGGUAACGAUGUUUGGGGAUGGACUCACUCCUCCGGACGAGAGUUUGCUCUCGUUGGUCAGUCUGACGGAACUGCCUUCGCCGAAGUCCACAAGGACGGAAGCUUGACUUACGUCGGCCGUCUCCCCACCCAGACCGUCGCUUCAUCUUGGCGCGACAUCAAGGUCAUCGGCAACUACGCCUACAUUGGAUCCGAAGCCGCCGAUCACGGUCUUCAGAUCUUUGACCUUACCAAGCUCAUCAAGGCUGACCCCAAGAACCCUCCCACCUACAGUGUCAGCCGAGACUUGACCGCCCACUUCACUGGCUUCGGCAGCAGCCACAACAUUGUCGCCAAUGAAGCUACCAACCUUAUCGCUGCUGUUGGUACCGAAUCCAGCCUCAAGUGUCGUGCUGGUCUCUGGAUGAUUGACGUGUCCAACCCUGCCCGACCCCAGGAUGCUGGCUGUGUCAGCAACGAUGGAUAUGUUCACGAUGCCCAGUGCAUCAUCUACCGUGGACCCCAAAAGGGUUACCAGGGUAAGGAGAUCUGCUUCAACUACAACGAGGAUGCUCUUACUAUCGUCGACAUCUCUCGACGCACCAUGCCCCGUCAAUUGUCGCGCACCACAUACAACGGCGCUACAUACACCCACCAGGGCUGGAUCACCGAGGACCACAAGUACCUCCUCCUCGACGAUGAGCUCGACGAGCAAGAGAAGACUGGUCCUGCAGCUGACCAGCACACCACCACUUACAUCGUCGAUAUUCAGGACCUCCAGUACCCUGUCUUCCGUGGUGUUUACAAGUCCCCUCAGCGCUCCAUCGACCACAACCAGUACAUCAUCGGUGGAGUUUCCUACCAAGCCAACUACGGCUCUGGCCUGCGCAUGGUCAACGUGUCCUCCAUCAACCAGGAUGACACUGGUGCUGGCUUUAACGAAAUCGGUUUCUUCGAUGUUCACCCCGAGGAUGAUGAGGUCGGUGGUGAGGCUGAGUUCUACGGUGCUUGGUCUGUCUACCCUUACUUCCAGAGUGGAAACAUUGUUGUUAGCUCUAUUGAGCGAGGACUCUUCUCUCUCCGAUACACUGGUUAA